AAAGUCAAUUAACACGUUGUUAGUGCCAGCUGUGAUGAAAGAAAUUUUACUAAUUUUUCUCAUAAUUUCCAACACAUUUGGACAGGAAAUAAAUUGUGAGUAUGAAGACACGAGUGAUUUUGGUGAUGAAAAUAAGAAAACAUUUACUUGUCGACUAAGAAUUUAUAAUCCAAGUGGAUUUGAUGAUUUUGAGAAGAUACCAGGCAAUCAUGAUGAUGACGUCAAUGCAAUUGAAAAAAGUACAGGACAUACUUCAAUCAUUCCAUCAGUUUUGUGCAAGCAAUUUAGAAAUUUAGAAAUUUUAUCGCUGGCUGAGAAGGAAAUCAAAAUUGUGAGCCGAGAAGCGAUGGAAAAUUGCAGGAAUUUAGGCGCACUUUACUUGUCAAAUAAUAAAAUUCGAGAAAUUCAUCGCGACGCCUUUGAGGGGCCACGCGGGUUGCGGUUUUUAGACUUGGAAGGGAACCAAAUUGAACAAUUAUCAGAUGGACUAUUUAGAUCUUUAUCUAAACUAGAAUGGUUAUCAAUCAGCAACAAUCCAUUACAUGAGCUUCCUGAAAAUAUCUUUAAGUCAAUGGCAGCACUUCAGUACCUUUACAUUAGCAACUGUGACAUUGUAGACAUCAAACUUGAUUGGUUCAGCUCAAUUCCUCGCCUCAUUUAUCUCGAAAUGUCUCACAAUAGAAUUGAUGAACUUCCAAUCGCUGUCUUUGCAUCUUUAAAUGAAUUAAGGCAUUUAAUCAUGUCCAACAAUCAACUGACUGUCCUGAACUCUAAUGCAUUCCAUCCAUCGUCACUUAAAAAUCUCAAAUCGCUCACAUUCAAUGGAAAUUCAAUUGAAGCUGUUGAUCCAGAUAUUUUUGAUGCUGCUGAAAAUCUAAAAAUUGCAAGAUUCUACAAAAACGAGUGUGUUGAUGAUGCCGUUGAAGUUGAUGCGACAACAAAGGGAAAAAUUGUUCUUAAUGAUGACAAAUUUUCAGUUUUUUAUGAUUGCAUAUCAAAUUUUGACUAUAUUGAUGGUAAAAAUGGUUUAAAAGAUGAAUUAUGAAGUUGAAGAAAAUAAUUUAAUUUUUUUAAAAGAA